AUGUCUAAACAUAAAUUGAGAUCUGUGUAUUCUCACAGAAAUACUAAAAUUGAAUUUAAAAAAUCUCCAAUCGUAAAACAAGUUGAUAACCCAAAAAAGAGUCACAAUAUGUUUAAAAGAGUUGUCGAUCCUGUGUUUCAUGGAAAUCCCAAGACGAGGGAAGAAAUGUGGCAUGAAAACUUUUUAAAAGAUAAAUUGACGGUUGAUCAAUCCUCUUCUCUUAUAAAGCUAAUUUAUAAUAUAACUUUAAGUUAUCUUGAUGAUUGUACUCCUAUAAUACUGUACGACAAUCAAAUAAAAUCGGUGGAUAGUUACCUAUUUCAAAAUCUUUUUAAAAAUUUUCCAGUAUCAUUUAUACAUGGUUACAUAGACGAAGGUAAUAAUUUAAACGAACCAAAUCUUUUAAAUCCUACAAAGGAUUGCCUCCAUUUCAUUUUAUUUCUAAACGAGGUAAAGAAGAGUGUAAAAGUUUUGGGCAAGCAAUCACAAAGUAAAGUCGUGGUAAUUGCAAGGUCGUCACAGUGGGCCAUACAAGAGUUUUUGGCAUUACCGAUAUCAAGAUCUUAUGUAAAUUUGCUAGUUAUUGGUCAGAGCUUCAAGGACGAUAAAAAUGCUGAAGCGCCUUAUAUAAUGUACACUCAUAUUUUAUAUGUCGAUGGUUUGGGUGCUAGUAGACCAGAAGUAUUAUGUUCUUGGAGCCAUGGAAAAUUCUCUAGAAGUGUUAACCUUUUUCCAGAAAAGAUGACAGCUGGUUAUGCAGGUCAUAGAUUUGUAGUCGCUGCGGCAAAUCAGCCACCAUUUGUUUUUAAAAGGAUUAUUUCCGAUGCUGAUGGAGGAAAUCCACGAAUUCAUUGGGACGGUUUGGAAAUUAGAAUUCUGAAUCUUCUAGCGAAGAGAAAUAAUUUUACUAUAGAAAUUAUUGAGCCACGAGAUUUGCAACUGGGAUCUGGAGAAGCUGUGUCUCAGGAAAUUAUUCUAGGUAGAGCUGACAUAGGUGUAGCUGGAUUUUUCAUAACUAGUGAUAGGAUCCGUGAUAUGGAUAUGAGUUUUUCUCAUUCGCAAGAUUGUGCAGCGUUUAUUACUCUGACAUCAACAGCCUUACCAAGAUAUCGCGCCAUUCUCGGACCGUUUCACUGGCAUGUAUGGGUUGCCUUGACAUUUACGUAUUUAAUCGCUAUUUUUCCGUUAGCUUUUUCUGAUAAGCACACCUUAUUACAUUUAUUAAAUAAUAAGGGGGAGGUGGAGAAUAUGUUUUGGUAUGUUUUUGGGACCUUCACGAACUGCUUCACAUUUGUCGGAAAAAAUUCUUGGAGUAAAACAACAAAGAUAACCACGAGAUUGCUUAUAGGAUGGUAUUGGGUAUUUACGAUUAUAAUAACAAGUUGUUACACGGGAUCAAUUAUAGCAUUCGUCACCCUACCUGUAUUUCCUGAUACCGUUGACACCAUAGGACAACUAUUAGGAGGCUUUUAUCGAAUAGGAACAUUGGAUCGCGGUGGUUGGGAGCGGUGGUUUAUGAACUCGUCGGAUCCUUUAACUAAUAAAUUACUGAAAAAAGUCGAAUUAGUUCCAGACGUCAGAUCUGGUAUACGAAAUACAACAAAAGCAUUCUUUUGGUCUUAUGCUUUCCUUGGUUCCAAAGCUGAACUCGAGUAUAUUGUUCAAGCAAAUUAUUCAAAAGCAGAGUCAAAACGAGCUGUUCUCCAUAUUUCCAAUGAAUGCUUUGUACCAUUCGGAGUAAGUAUAGCUUUUCCCAAAGGCUCGGUGUAUGGAACAAAAUUGAGUAGUGAUAUAAGAUCAAUGCUACAAACCGGGAUAAUAGAGAAAUUAGCGGAUGAGGUUAGAUGGGAAAUGCAACGUUCCGAUAAAGGAAAAUUACUAUCGGUCGAAAAAAAUACCAUAAACAUUAUAAAUGCAGAAGAAAAAGGUUUAACCUUAGAAGACACUCAGGGUAUGUUUCUUUUGCUUGGAGCAGGAUUUCUAUGUGGAGCUGUAGCACUUAUUUCGGAGCUGAUGGGUGGUUUCUCACGCAGAUGUCGGAUGUUACGAAGCAGGUUAAGAUCUAAUCAAAGGUCUAGACAGAAUCUUAUCGAUACUCCCAAACUAUUAUCAAGAGAAUUAAGAUUUGUAAAUGAGGAUAAGAACAGACGUCGGUUCGAUACUCGUUCUUCAAGUCUACAAUCUAAUGACACACUUAAUGGGGAGAUAAUAAAUGUGACGAAAGAAAAUAUAACAGUGCACAGAAAUUACGACGAUAGGAUCUUUGGGUCCAGAAGAUCAAGUUCUAUGGAUAUAGAUGGAGAAGUUCAAGAGAUAUUUGGAGAAAGCGAGCAUGGAAAAGUAAUUUUGAAAAAUGCAAGUGUUGAGAUCAGGGAUGAAAAGGAAAAUCGUCUAAAGUAA